GAUUACAUCGGUACAGACAGACAGACAGACAAAGAGCAAAAACUGCCCGUACUGCGUGAUUGCUGUCAUUGAUUGAGUUUCGUUGUCGAUUCGUUUCCAUCGCUGGAAGCGAGCUAGGUGUGACUGUAGGCAGUUUCAGUUUCAGUUGCGGAAAAACGUUCUCUCUUCCAUCAUUGUCCAUCUUUAUAUCCAUCCAUCUAUCUAUCUAUCUAUCAAUCCAUCUUUAUAUCUUCGAGCUCGUCAGAGCCUCUUCCUUCCUUCGACUCGGUCUUCUCGUCGGCCGUAUUUGUUCUCCUUUCGCAUCCCACCCGUUUUUGUGAUUCUUCCCUUCCCUUCAAUCGUGAACCUUCUUUCGUUUCGGGCAGGAGUGAAUCCGGUCUGUGAGACCGAGUGCGAGGGAAAUUCGGUGGAUUUCGGAGCGGUGUGAUUCUAGUUUUCGACUUCCGAAGAAUUUGGCCUGUUCUCAUUGAUUUCCUCUCACGGUGAGAGUUGUACCUCGCGCUCGGAAUCCACUUGCAUCCUCUCCCUCUCCCUCUCUCUCUCAUUCAUUUGGCGUUUGGCGUUUGGCUUCCGCCCUCCCUCUCUUCUUGGUUGGCCCCGCCAGCAUUGCCCGCUCUUCGUUCGGCUCGUGAAUCUCGCGUGGGCCAUCGCUCGUACCUUCCGAAGCCUAGACAUAUAAUCUCAGGUGCAGAGGCCCGCGACGGAGCUUUCAGAUUUCGCAGUGUAAGCGGUACGGGAACUCGAGGGGCGGUGUUGGUGGGAACUAAACUUCCCCGUUGUGUUUAUGGAAGGGGCCGCUCCCCUCAGCAGCGGCGGCUGUGUGGCGAAGUGUACGCUCGAUUCAGGAGCCGCGAGCUCGACUUGAGCCGAGCGUGAGGGAGUAAUUUGUUCUCGAUUUCAAUUUCCGGGAUUCAGCAGCAGGUUUUCGUUGCUGGUGAUUAGUGUCGUCUUUGGAGGAGGAGGAGGAGGAGGAGGAAGUCUUUUUCGAAGAGUUGAUCUCUGGCGCUCGAGAAUGGGGAACGCGGCGAUGAAGUGUAUGCUCAAUGGGGCUCCUACGGUGCGUGUCAUGAGAACUGAUGGAAAAAUUGUCGAAUACGAUCAACCAAUUUUGGCAUCGAAGGUUAUGAAGCAGCACGCGGACCACCUGGUGGUGCACUGUACGCCCGGCGAGAAGAAAGGCGAGAAGAAGCUCAGUUCCUCGGGGCAAAGACGCAGCAAGCUCACGAUCAUGCGCUCGGACCAGAUGCUUGUUCUCGGGCAAGCCUACCUCCUGUACCCAAUCCCUCCUCAAUACAGAAGCAGUCUCGUAAAAUCUCAGUGUUGCACAUUGUCUGCGGACGUGAAGGAGGACGCAUCGGAGCAAGAGGGCCGAUUGGUGAAAGGGAGCUUCAGGAGUCUCGCCAUGAGGUUAAGGAACCAGAAGAAACACCUCAACAUGCUGACCAAGGGCGCCAGGAAAGUCGGCGAUGCGAACGACGGAGCAGCUCUUCUGAAGAUUUCUCCGCCCACUCCGAGCUUCCAAAAUCUUGAGUCCGACAGCGAAGACUUCUCUGCCACUUUCGACGAAAGCGGUCAACGACUUCACGCCGCGCCUGUGAACGAUUCCGCGAGAGAAUCUCCAUCUCAUCCCGUCUCUGCUCAGGCUUAGAAAAUUUAGUCUUAACUCGUCAAAAUUCCGAAUGACCAGUUGCUCUGGUUUCAGAUUUGUACAUUUACUGAACACAUUGUAUAAUGAUGCAUGUUGCCCUCUCCCCUUACUAGAUUUUCCGAAAUUUUGUCG